UCCAGCAGCAACCAGAGAGUGAACCAAUAAAACAAUGCAAUCUCUACAGGAAAAGGCUUCGGAAUGGAGUGGGGUUGACCCAAAUGAUGCAUUCGCCAUUGAUGAAACCAAUCUCUUUGAAAAGCUUGGCCUUCAGACUUUCAUCAAUUUAUCUACCAAUUUCUAUAACAGGGUGUAUGAUGAUGAGGAAGAGUGGUUUCGUUCAAUUUUCUCGAAUUCAAGUAAAGAAGAUGCCAUUAGGAAUCAAUAUGAGUUCUUUGUACACAGAAUGGGAGGGCCUCCUUUGUACUCACAGAGAAAAGGGCAUCCAGCAUUGAUUGGUCGCCACCGUCCAUUUCCAGUCACUCAUAAGGCUGCAGAAAGAUGGUUACACCAUAUGCAACUAGCACUGGACAGUGCUACAGACAUUGAUGAAGAUUCCAAAAUUAAAAUGAUGAACUUUUUCAGGCACACGGCAUUCUUUCUGGUAGCUGGAGAUGAGUUGAAGAAUCAAAACCAGGCUGUUGCAUGUAAGCAUGCUUCCAAUAAGCCAGCUGCAGCAUGAACUUAUACCAAAAUUGAUCAAAGAAUUAACAAUAAUGUACACUGAAUAUUUUCCUUAUGAUCAUUCAAUCAAUCAGAUUUGAGAAUAUAUGUUCUCAAUUCUAGAGGUAUGAGCAUAUCUAGCUGAAAAUGACAUACAAAGAUUAUCAGGCUCUACCUUUUCUGACCCUUCAUCAAAAUUCUGCAUAUAUGUUUCUGCAUCAUAUACACAACCAGAAGAAGAACAACUACUAUUAUUAUUGAAGCUUUUUUUCUUGUGCAUUUUGAGUCUCCUCCAAAAAGCUAGCCACUUAGGUGAAGAAGAAGCACAUGAUUCUCUUUGAUUGUAAUCUUUCCCAAGCCUAACACUUAUGCUUCUUGUUUUGUUCCAAUUCCCUUUCCCAAUUAUCCCCAUUGUUUUCUCCUCAAUAGCUUUGAGAUUUGCAUAUAAUUCAACAAACCUUUGGCCUUUUAUAGAUA